UAACAAGAUUGACAAAAAUUAAUAAACUACUCUAGUUUUUUCUCUGUUUCUUUUGGUACAGCCUCCCUCCUACUUACUAAUAAGCAUAAAUCACAACAUAACAAUAAAUAGUUUCAUACAUUAAAAGCUAAGAGACCACAUUUUCCCCUUUGCCGUGUGAAGGAAUAAUGCUACGUCGUAAACGAAUCACAACCGUCCAUCCUUUCCUUCGGCUAUUCACAACUGUUAAUCCUCCCGCGACAUUGGAAUUCAACUCGUCCCUCCAAACGCUGCGCGUGCAACCCACGCACCACCACCUAGAACAAUUACUCUCUUCCUUCUACAACUAUCCUACGCAUCAUUCCUCACAAACCUAUGCUACCCUCUUCCACGCCUGCGCCCUCCUUCACCGCCUUGAUAUUGGCCAAGACAUCCACAACCACAUGCUUUUCCACAAUCCAAAUGCCGCCCAAGUACUCUACACAAUCAAUCAUCUUGUUAACAUGUAUGCUAAAUGUGGUAAUUUGGAAUGUGCUCGUCAACUAUUUGAUCAAAUGCCGCACAGAAACAUUGUUUCUUGGACUUCCCUUAUUUCAGGUUAUGCUCAAUAUGGACGGACUAAUCAAUGUUUUAGCUUAUUUUGUAGCAUGUUAGCUCAUUUUAGGCCUAAUGAUUUUUCUUAUGCUAGUGUUCUUUCUGUUUGUGAUAGCUCACGUGGUAGGCAAGUGCAUGCAGUUGCACUAAAAACAGGUUUUGAUACAUGUGUUUAUGUUGGUAAUGGUUUGAUCGCAAUGUACUCGAGGAAUAGUUCAAUGGAUGGUUGCAAUGAGGCAUGGAAGGUUUUUAAUGUUAUGGAGUUUCUGAAUCUGGUUUCAUGGAAUACAAUGAUAGCAUGGUUUCAAAUGCGUGGACAAGGUGAUAAGGCGAUGGGAUUCUUUUCAGUAAUGCAUCGUUAUAGCUUGGGGUUCAAUCGUGCCACUCUUGUCAGUGUACUUUCUUCUCUCUUUGGAAUGAAUGAUAUUGAUUUUUCCUGGGGUCUUCAGGGUUGUUUCCAAUUGCAUUGCGUUAGUGUGAAAACCGGUUUUAUACUAGAUGUUGGGAUUGUUACUGCUUUGUUGAAAGCGUAUUCAAUUCUUGGAGGAGAGCUUCGUGAUUGUUAUAAAUUGUUUCUGGAAAUGAGUGGAUCUCAAGAUCUUGUGUUGUGGACUGAAAUAAUAGUGGCGUUUUCAGAAAGAGAUCCUGAGAAAGCGAUUCUCCUGUUUGGUCAGUUGCGCCGAGAGGGGUUAAGUUUGGAUAGUUAUGCUUUUUCCAUUGCACUAAAAUCUUGUGCAGGACUCGUGACAGAUAGAAAUGCCUUGAUGGUACACUGCGAAGUGAUUAAAUAUGGUUUCAUGGAUACUGUAGUGCUUGGAAAUGCAUUGAUUCAUGCAUAUGCAAGGUGUGGCUCAAUAUCUCAGGCCAAUCAGGUUUUUGAGGAGAUGAGAUACAGAGAUAUAGUAUCGUGGAAUUCGAUGUUGAAAGCUUAUGCGCUGCAUGGGAAAGCAAAUGAAGCGUCGAGACUUUUUAGGAAAAUGGAUGUGAAACCUGAUGCAACCACUUUUGUUUCGCUGCUUUCAGCUUGUAGCCAUGCUGGAUGGGUGGAAGAAGGAAUUAAAAUUUUCGAUGCUAUGUUUGAGAAACAUGGUAUUGUUCCUCAACUCGAUCAUUAUGCAUGUAUAGUUGAUAUUGUUGGUCGAGCAGGUCAUUUUUUUCAGGCGGAGAAAAUAAUAAAAGAAAUGCCCAUGCCACCAGAUUAUGUGGUAUGGAGUGCAUUUCUUGGAGCAUGCCGGAAACAUCGUGAAUCUGGGCUGGCCCAAAUAGUUGCAUCUAGGUUGAAGGAGUUAGAUCCAGAAAAUUCAUUAGCAUAUGUACUCAUGUCAAAUGUACACUGCUCAGCAAAUAGCUUCAAUGAAGCAGGUCAUCUUAGGAAGCAAAUGCGCCGGCUCGGUGUUAAGAAGCAGCCUGGAUUGAGCUGGACUGAAGUUGGGGGUUUUGUGCAUGAGUUUGCUUCUGGAGGCCUACAACAUCCAGACAGGAAAGCUAUAUAUACUAAUCUGGAGGACUUUGUGAAAGAGCUGAAACAUAUUGGCUAUAUCCCUGAGACAACAUCAUCUUUACAUGACAUAGAAGACGAACAGAAAGAAGAGCAAUUAUAUUAUCACAGCGAGAAGCUUGCACUGAUAUAUGCUUUACAAGAUGCUAGUAGAUCUCCUUCCAGCUGCAGUGCCAUUAAGAUUAUAAAGAACAUCCGUAUUUGUUUGGAUUGCCACAACUUUAUGAAGUUAUCAUCAAAGCUAAUAGAAAGGGAAAUUAUUGUGAGAGAUUCAAACCGUUUCCACCAUUUUAAGAAUGGGGCGUGCUCUUGCAAUGAUUACUGGUAGACUCUGCCAACUAAUUUCUACCUGCUGCCUCUCCAGGUAACUUCUUUGAUGUUCAUCUAUCUCAUGCCAUGUGUCUCAGUAGACUAAUGUCAGAGAUUGUAUCACCAUUAGAUUACAUAAAAUUUAAAGAGGUUGGAUUAGGAGCAUCAUCGAUGAAGAUAGAAGGUUGAUAAGUUUGAAAAAGAUGGGUUGAAAUCAGAAAAUGUCAUAGAUGUGCUUCAGUUAACGAGUAACUGUGAUGCGCCACCCUAGUUGCAUUUGUUUAUAUUCAUGUGAUUGUCAGAGACUUCUCCUUAUCAAAGGAAAAGAAGAGAUUGUCAGAGACUUCACUCGAGGAUUAAAUAUGAUCUGUGAAUCCUGCACUUGAAAAAGGAACCUUCAAAAUCAAUUGUUGAAGCAGAUGAGUAAGACAGUUUCUGGUCUUUGUAUAGGUAAUAAAUCAUUGUUCAGUCUUUUUAAUUCGAAAAUCCACAGAUUUGUUCCAGAUCUGCUAAGAGGUCUUAUUGUGUGAAGAGCAUUUAUUUUCAGCCAGAGGUGGUGUUUCAUCCCAACUAUUCAUACUCAAAGCACUUUCCAUUAUAUAACUGCCAUAUUUACUUCUGUGUUGA